UAUUGGAGAUGGAGUUUUUGUUGGUAUUGAUGGAGGUGGAAUUCCUGUUGGUAUUGGUGAAGGUAAAAUAUCUGUUGAUAUUAUUCAAAAGAUUCUUGUAAAAGAAAGCAAUUAUGGAAAAAGUAAAACUGAAAAUAAAAGAAUUUUGCUAACGGUGAAUCAUAUUCAAAGAGAAGUUGCUUCUGAUCAACUUAAUAUUAAAUUAGAUACUGAAUUUGAAGAAAUUGAUGAGCUUCUUGAAAUUUUACCUAAUGUUGCUACACUUUUUUUAAAUGAUAUUGAUGAUUAUACAAAAGAAUUGGAAGAAUUACCAAUUGAAAAAUUUUUAGAUGAUAAACAAAUUAUUAAAUACGUGGCUAAAGAUUCUUAUGAGGAAAAUAUAACUGAUAGUAAAUUUAAACCUGAAAUAAUUAGUAUAAAUGAAGCAGCGCAAAGUUAA